GAUUCAAGAUGGCCCCUAAUUAUUCACCUGUCCAUCGACUAGCGUGGCUUUUACUACUCCCUGUGCGUUCCCUGCAUCAGAAUUGCCAAAAGAAAAAUUGCUUCAGGAUCAAUGUAUUUUCGGUCCAAAACAGUUUCCAACUUUUACAUGGUGGCCGGAAAGAGCAAGGCGGCCAUUUUGCUCCGUCGGACAGGUGUCCUGAGGUCCAGUCCCACCUUCAUCACUCACUGGCAGCUUUUUCUUGUGACACAGUUCAGUUUCACGACAGAUUACGAUUCAUCGGGUGAGCUAGUUUUUGCUCCAGGACAUAGAGAGGAGGACAAUGGGGGCUGUUGGGGUCUCCCCCCAAGCCCUGCUGUGGCUCAACCUGUUCGGCUUGAUCUCUCUGGCGUCGCCCCUCAACCCGGAUGACCCCAAUGUGUGCAGCCACUGGGAGAGUUAUGCAGUGACUGUGCAAGAGUCUUACGCCCAUCCAUUUGACCAGGUCUACUACACCCGCUGCACCGACAUCCUUAACUGGUUCAAAUGCACCAGACACAGGAUCAGCUAUAAGACAGCCUACAGGAGAGGUGUAAGGACCAUGUACAGGCGGCGCUCUCAAUGCUGCCCAGGUUUCUAUGAAAGUGGAGACCUGUGUGUUCCGUUGUGUACCGAGGAAUGUGCCCAUGGACGCUGUGUCUCUCCUGACACCUGCCAGUGUGAGCCUGGCUGGGGAGGACUGGACUGCUCCAGUGGCUGUGAGAGUGACUUCUGGGGUCCCCACUGCACAAACCGCUGUCAGUGCCGGAAUGGUGCCAAAUGUAACCCGAUAACUGGAGCCUGCGUCUGCACCGACGGCUACCAGGGCUGGCGCUGUGAGGAGCCCUGUGACCCCAACUUCUACGGCAAAGACUGCCUGCUGGAGUGCCAGUGCCUCAAUGGUGCCACCUGUCAUCAUCAGACUGGCGAGUGCCUCUGCGCACCUGGAUACACUGGGGCCUUCUGUGAGGAGCCUUGUCCUCCUGGUAAACAUGGCUCCCUGUGUGAACAGCGCUGCCCCUGUCAGAACGGAGGGACGUGCCAUCAUGUCACUGGAGAGUGCUCGUGCCCCCCUGGCUGGGUGGGCCCAGUGUGCGCACAGCCAUGUCCAUUCGGGUCAUUCGGCAUUAAUUGCUCCCAGGAGUGCACGUGCCGUAAUGGAGGCCUGUGCGACCACAUCAGCGGCCAGUGUCAGUGCACAGCUGGCUACAUUGGAGAGAGAUGCCAGGAUGAAUGCCCAGUCGGCACUUAUGGGCCACAGUGUGCCCACAAGUGUGACUGCCAGAACGGGGCCAAGUGCUACCACAUCAACGGAGCUUGCCUGUGCAACGAGGGCUUUAAGGGCCCCAGCUGCCAGGACCGCUUCUGUCCCACCGGCCUGUACGGACUCAUCUGCGAUAAAUACUGCCCCUGCAAAGCUGCGAACACACUCAGCUGUCACCCUUUGUCGGGAGAGUGCACCUGUGUGGCGGGAUGGGCGGGGCUUUACUGCAACGAGACCUGUCCGGCAGGGUACUAUGGCGAGGGCUGCAGAGAGCUGUGUGCCUGCGCUAACGGAGCCGACUGCGACGGCACCACUGGAGCUUGUAUGUGUGCACCAGGAUAUAUAGGUGAUGACUGCUCCAUCAGCUGUCCUGCGGGUCUGUAUGGGACCAAUUGUACCUCCUCAUGCUCCUGCCGCAACGAGAUCUCCUGCUCACACAUCGACGGCUCCUGCAUCUGCAGAGAAGGCUGGCAGGGUGUGGACUGCUCCAUCCCGUGCUCCAGUGGUACCUGGGGACUGAGCUGCAAUCAGACGUGUCAGUGUGCCAACGGGGCGGCAUGCGACCCCAUCAAUGGAACCUGCACCUGCUCCCCAGGCUGGAGGGAUGAAUACUGCGACAUACCAUGUCCUGAGGGAUCAUAUGGGCUGGACUGCAGAGAGAGAUGUGACUGUGUCAACUCUGAUGGCUGUGAUCCAGUGACCGGCUUCUGUCGCUGUCUCGCAGGUUGGACAGGUGUCCAUUGCGACAGUGUGUGUGAGGAGGGACGCUGGGGACCCAACUGCUCCUACAGCUGCACCUGUGAGAAUGGAGGAUCCUGCUCCCCAGAGGACGGCACCUGUGUGUGCACUCCAGGCUACCGCGGCACCAACUGCAGGCGAACCUGUUCGCCUGGUUUCUACGGCCAUCGUUGCAGCCAGUCGUGUCCUCAGUGUAUCCACAGUGACGGUGCGUGCCACCAUGUCACCGGCCACUGUGAAUGUCUCUCUGGCUUCUUCGGCUCCCUCUGCAAUCAAGUGUGUCCCAGUGGAAAGUACGGUAAGGCCUGCGCAGAGUCAUGUUUGUGCACUAACAACGGCACGUGUAAUCCCAUCGACGGCUCCUGUCAGUGCUACCCCGGAUGGAUCGGCGAGGACUGCUCCAAACCGUGUCCUCAGGGCUCAUGGGGCCCAGACUGCAUCCAUACAUGUAACUGUCACAAUGGAGCCCAGUGCAGCGCCACAGACGGAGAGUGUAACUGCAGCCCCGGAUGGACGGGACUCUACUGUACUCAGCGUUGUCCGACAGGUUUCUACGGCUCUCAGUGUGCUGAAGUGUGUCGCUGUCAGAACGGGGCAGACUGCGACCACAUCACCGGACAGUGUUCGUGCAGAACCGGCUUCAUUGGACAGAGCUGUGAACUCAAGUGUCCUGCAGGGACGUUUGGCUAUGGCUGCCAACAGCUGUGUGAGUGCAUGAAUAACGCUACCUGUGACUACGUGACGGGAACCUGCUACUGCAGCAUCGGCUUCAAAGGCAUCCGCUGUGACCAGGCGGCUCUGAUGAUGGAGGAGCUGAACCCCUACACCAAAAUCAGCCCGGCGCUGGCGUCAGAACGACAGUCGGCCGGUGCCGUCCUGGGCAUCAUCUUCCUCCUCCUGCUCAUCAUGGCCAUGCUCGGACUGGUGGUCUGGUUCCGUUAUCGGCAGAGAGAGAAGGGCCAUCACGUGCCGAACGUCACCUACACACCCGCCCUGCACAUCAACUCCACCGACUACUCCCUCUCAGACUACAUGAAAGGCUCUUUGUCCAGCACUUGCUCCCUCAACAGUGAAAACCCAUACGCCACCAUCAACGACCCUCCUGGUCUGUGUAAACACUCGGAGAGCAGCUACGUGGAGAUGAAAUCGCCAGCUCGCCACGAACACAUGGCGCACUGCUGCUCCGCCGCCAUCAUCACCACCACGACCACCACCACAGCACCCGCCAAGAACGUCUAUGACAUGGAGCCAACCAUCAGCAUCGUCCAGGGAGCUGGCGGCGUGGUGGUUCCCAGUUACCCUCAGGACCCGUACGACCUGCCCAGGAACAGCCACAUCCCGAGCCACUACGACCUGCUGCCUGUUCGCCCCAGCCCCUCUCACAGCCACAGCCUCACAAUGCACAGCCACAGCCCCCCGCUGCCUGGCAGCCCCACCAGCUCCCUCCUCUAGACCCCACCCCCAACACCCAGACUGGACGCUGGACCAGUGCUCCCAGUUCAUCCAGAACCAGGAAACUGUGAACUGGGACAUAACAGGAAAAGAUCUGUUGUUUUUUAAUUGGUAAGUGCAAAUGGACAUUCAGAGGAGAAAGGACAUGUUUUGUUGGGACUAAUAAUUAUUUCUUUUUUCUCUUUGUGUGUAUGGGGUGUGUGUGUGUGUAUGUGUGUGUGUGUAUGGUGUGUGUGGAAGGAGGUGGGACUCUCCUUGCAGUGCCCAGACCAUUGCACUGCUAUUUGAUAUUUUAUCACUGUAUUAUAUCCAGACUGUUUGAGCUGUUCUUGUGCCAGUCAAUACUACAUAUUUGUGUUGUAUUGUAAAUUCUCCCUCGUCAGCGAAUGCGUCAACAGAGGGAAUAUACACGUACAUAUGCACAUAAGUGUGCCCUUUUUCCGGUAUGCUGAUCUCCUCGUCAUUUUUGAUAAAAUCAGUGGAAAGUCAAGGACGUUAAGCAAAAGAAAAACAAAGAGUUAUUCAUGUAAAUUUAUCUAUUUCGUACAACUGGAGUUGUACUGGACAGUAAAUGUGUGUGUGCCAAGGACUAGACAGAGGCUGGUGUCACACCUGGACUGAGUGGAUCUGCCCAGCAUUUACAGUGAAGGAGUAUCAUACAGGAAUCAUAGCUCACACUGCAGACAAACUUGUACAGACAACUUUGAAGGAAAAGGCUUUUACUCCUCCAAUAUUCUCCCAAAAAAGGACUGAGAAAAAGGACAUAAAGAAAUGCGCAGUAACUGCAGUCAGAUUUACACAACCUGAAUAUUUCUGGUAUUUUUACACAUCGUUUCUUAUUUCCUGUUUACGUAUUUAAAGAUCCCACCAGGGAUCCAUAUUUUCUCUCGGAAAAGUUUAUCUUUUUUUAUGUACUGUAGACAGAGUGGUAUAUUGGAUGUACACUUGCUGUGCACUAGUAAUUAUUGUGAUUUUCUUUUAUUGUGUCAAGCUUAAUACACAUGCAUGCCAAAGAUUAUUCAAGAUAUAAUAGUUAGCCAGGAAUACCCUUAUAAUGUCCUUUUGUGCAAAUUGAUUAUUGUCAUCUGACUGUCUCAACAUGGAAACAGCUCCGAUUUGAAACAAGUUUUUUUGGAAAAGGCACUGAUGUGGAAGCACUUCCUGUAAAAAGGCCGAUGACUGUGAAAGAUUUGAAUUCCUCGAUUAGAGUUUUGUUCCCAGACAAUGAAAUGUGUUCCUAAUCUUGUUAUGGCAACUAUUUCUUACAUUAAAUAUGAAAUAGAGUCAUGAUGUACAAAAUCCUGCUUAAUUUUGCAGUGACACACACAGGUCAGUUUGGUUAAAAAUUCUGAUAUCUUGACAAGUAGCAAUAACAGGACAUGUUGACAAUCAGAUGCAAACAACUUGUUUUCCCACCUAUUUGAUUCCAUACUUUUGUUCCAUUUGCUCUAUAUUUAUCUUGCUUGUAUGUUUUUUCUUCAUCUCUGAUCCAAACAGUAGUUUCAGCUGCAGUAGAUGUAUCACGUGCUGCUUGUUGGGGGGGGUUGUUUGUUUGUUUUUAGCCCUAAACUAAUAAAGUUGUCAUAGCCCAGAGGAGUGGUGUGCUGUCUUGUUACACAGCAUCCAUCCAUCCAUUAUCUAUACCGCUUAUCCGUUAAGGGUCGGAGGGGGGCUACAUCCUGUACAGAUCACCAGUCCAUCGCAGGGCCAACACAUAUAGACAAACAACCAUUCACACUCACACCUGCGGGCAAUUUAGAGUCACCAAUUAACCUGCAUGUAUUUGGACGAUGGGAGGAAGCCGGAGUACCCGGAGAGAACCCACACAGGCAUAGGGAGAAUAUGCAAACUCCACACAGAGAAGCCCCGGGCUCAAACCCCGAACCUUCUUGCAGUGAGGCAA